AUGCCUUCAGAAAUAGUAUAUCAACAUCAAAAUCAAACGCCCAUCAACGGGACCAUUUCGGGCAUGGCACCGCCUGGAAACGAGACGGGCUACUACUACAUUCCCAUUGCAAAUUUACCAUGGCAAACAUCGUGGCAGGAGCUUAAGGACCAUGUCAGAUCCGUCUGCUCGGUUGAGCAUGUUGAGAUAAAUGAGGACAGCACUAGCGGCCAUGUAGUCCUGAAAGGCCGAGCGAAUUUUGAUGCAGCCUUCCAGCUACUGAAUGGUGGAAUUUUCCAAGAUCGAGCACUCAUCGCCGACGGAAGAAAUGUAGACAGCUGGGUGUUAAUAAAGCAGCAUAUAGACGGUCCAAGUGCUUCAACGCACUCAUCGGCGGCUUUGAGACAUACAGCAGCCCCCGCUCAGCACACAUCUUUACCGCUGCAUCCAUCUUCUCCCGGCUACGCCGAAUGGCCAGCUGUGUCAGCCAGUCCAUCUUACAUGAUGAGUCCAGUGAUGGAGUCCCCGUCCUAUUUUAUGCCUUGUGCGAUGCCCGAAUAUCCAGAUUCAGCAUCUAUUUAUGGGAUGAGCACCUGCGCCCUCGAGCAUUCUUGUACUACGGCAGUGCCUUAUCCAUCUGUUCCUUAUACGCAGCAGUAUACACCAAACGAGUAUCAUGGAAACGGCUACACUGUACCUCAGAAUGGUAAGGCCUAUCGCGAGGGGAAAAAACAUGUUGAGGCCGUGUCAAAUAAAAAGCGUAAGAUUAUUAUUCGACAGCUUCAGCCCUGGGUUAGCGAGUCCCAAGUUCGAGAGCUCAUCCGCCACAAAACUGGAUUUGAUUCCGACAGACUGACGAAGCUCGACAUGCCUCUGGCAGAUAAUCCACAGGGGGCAAACCGGGGCUAUGUAUUCGCGACUUUUGUGUCAGACGAUGCAGCCGAAAAGGCUAUCAAGCGCCUCAACAAUUACAAAUACGAAGGACGCAUUCUAGAAGUCAAGCAUACCAAGGAUAGCGUGCCUGAUCACCACCAGGCCUCCCACGCUUCCCGCUCUGGCCAUCAUCGUCACUCCCAUCACUCUCACCAUUCACGGAGAGACCGUCACGAUGAUAAGGAUAAAACAAAUAAAGAGAAGGAACAUUCACACAAGGCUGCUAAUUCUAGUGAAAAGAAGACGACCAGCGAGAGGAAGACAAAGUUGUCUUCCUCCGAGUCCGAUGUUGUAAUUGCCAAUGGGUCUUCAACUUCGUAUUUUUAGUCAGGAACAUCGGAGACGUAUUUUAUGUUUCACUAUACUCUAACUGUUCAUAUUGGUACUAAUGGGUACUCCCUCAUAACAUGGUUAUGGCUUAUCCAUGCUUCUCAUUCCAUACGUAAUAAAUCUACGAAUCAUCGUUGCCCCAGGGCUAAUAAUCCUCAAAUGUGAACCCAAAUUAGCCUCAUAUAUUUCUUACUAGUGGCUUC